AUGAUUCGUACUAUAAUGUAGGUUUUUCAGGGGUCAGCAAUAAAAAUUUUGAUGCUGAUCACUAUCCCGAAUUUAAAAAUUGCACUUUUCUGGAGCUCCAAAGUUUGAGUUGAGUCUAUUUUCAUCGUGCUCCUGAAUGUAAAAUCAAUUUUUAUAAUUUGAAUGAGGUUGUUCACCAUAUUCAAAAACCUAUCUGUUUUUUAGUCGCUGGAAACUGUUAUUUUGAAAAAAUAAACACAAACAAAGAUUUUUGGGCUUUUUUCAGCUGGUUUUGCAUAUUUUUUGAUCAACUAAAAAACAGAUAGGUUUUUGAAUAUGGUGAACAACCUCAUUCAAAUUAUAAAAAUUGAUUUUACAUUCAGAAACAAGGUGAAAAUAGGCGAAAACCAAAACUCAACUCAAACUUUGGAGCUCCAGAAAAGUGCAAUUUUUAAAUUCGGGAUAGUGAUCAGCAUAGUCUUUCGAUAUGUUUCAUCAAACGUUUAUUUGGUGUGCUUCAGAAGAUCACAUGUAAUUUUUUCCAGAAAUCUCCAAAAAUUGGCUGAAAUCUGCCCAAAAGCAUGCGAUAUUAUCGAAAAUUUUGGCGGAGUUUCCGCAAUCCGGGAAGAAUUGAACUCGUCAAUCGCAUCAUUUUCGAAAGAAGAUUUGACAAAAAUCGAGAAAAUGCUCCCAAACACUGAUGAAGCAGAGCAAAAAAUGUGUGUGAAAAUCAUUGAAAAAUUGGCGGGAUUUUAUGAGAGUCAAAAGAUUUGCGAUGAUUCGUUGGUGAAAUCAUUGAAUGUCAAGAAAUUGCAGAAGAUUUGUGAGAUCUUGCCAUUUUGGCCGAUUUUUGAUGAUAUGAAGAAGCAUUUGAAAGAUGGAGCUGUGAAAUUGGAGUGAGUUGGAAAUUUUUGAAUCAAUGUUUUUUUUCAAAUUUUGCAGCGAGCCAAUAAAAAAGAUACAUAAGAAGAAGAAGUACCACAAUGCAAGAACUUGUAUGGGAAUUUGCAAUAACUUGUCAUUUUCGAAAUUAUAUCCACAAUAUCAAUUGGCAACGAAUUUCGAAGUCUACAAAAAUUUAUCGAUUUAUUUGAAAAAUAUUGUGGAUUUGAGCGAGGAAUUGAAGGAGGAUUUUGGAUUAUUGAUUGAUUAUUUCAAGGAUCUUUCAACUUAUGACAACAUCAAAAAUGCAUCUUUUGUCAUUUCUCCUUGUGAACAUCCGUAUCUCAACAAAAUCUGUAUUGAUGAAAAUGAACGGAAAAUUGAAAAAGACAAAUUGGAAUGUAAAAUUUGUCGAGUUUAUCAUACUUUGACACAUUUUCAAUUAUUCAUUGGAGUGGGAAGUUUUCAUGGAUUUCCGAAAAAUGAGAAGAAUGUUGGGCAAAAAUUGGAGAUCACAAUGAUAAUUGAGAUGAUUCUGGAAAGCGAAUCGAGAAAAGAAUUUGUGGAAUUGAGCGAGAUUGGGUAAGGCUGUCUCUAAUCUUCAAAAAAUUCCAUGUUUUCUUUUUUUGACAGAUGUUUUCAUAAAUAUGUCAACGGACUUCAUCGAAUGUCAAGAUUGAUUGAAAUCGACUGUAUCAAAUUGAUCAAAUAUGAGGAGAAAUUGAGAGGUUUAUCGUUGGCCGAAAAUCGAAUUACGAAGACAGAUACGAUGUGGGAGGCUCGAAGCUUUAACCAUAUAGAGGGAGAAGAAGAGCGUUUUUUUCGACGAAUUUAUGAGGUUAGACAGGAUUUGGCUGAUAAUUCAAAUGAAACUCAUUUUUGCAGCGCUUGCAUGAACGAAAUAUUCGAAAUCUUCGAAAUCUUCUUCCAGAAUUCAAGCAGAAAUGUAACGAUUUUCGAUAUUUGGUCACACUUUGUGAAGAACAAAAUGGGUAAGUUUCUCACAAGAGAUUUUUUGAUAUUUGGAUAUUUGGAUAAUUUCCUCACGAUUUCAUAAAAAAAUUUGAAAAAUAUGUUUCUAUAUUGGAAUUUUGUGCUGAAACUGAUGAAAAUCGCUGAAAAUGAGCAAUUCGUCUUCAAAACGGUUUUCCUACAAAUCUGAUAGCAUAGCGUUGUUCAGACGGCUCGAUUACAUAAGUAAACCUUGUGUUUUUUUUUUUUGAAAUUUGACACGUCAUAACUCAUGUUAGGAGUUGAGCUUUGCAAUUUUAGACAGCGGAAACCUGCGCGAAAACUACUAGAAAACAUAUAUUUGAUCAAAAUCUAGAGUAAAAGCUGAAACAGUUUCCUUUUCACAUUUUUUUCUCGUUUUCUUCCAGAGAAAAUAGCGAAAUAUCGAAUAGCUGUCCAGUUUGCUGGCAAGAUUCUGAAAUUCUCGCCAUUUUACCAUGCGCUCAUCGCAUUUGUCAGCAUUGUUAUUAUGAAUUCAAAGAUAGAAGGUGAAUUUGUUGAACGCGAAACUCUGUCGAAUUUAUGCAUUUUUGCAGCCUCCAAUCUGACACAAUUACAUGUGUGACUUGCCGAAGAACAUUCAAACACAUCGAAAUCAUGAUCGCGUGUCAACCGAAAAAUCGCGAGAUAAGCGGCGGUGUGAUUGUGGCUGUCAAAUUGCGGGAAACCAUCAAACUCAUUCGCCAAAUUCUCGACGAAAAUGAGGAGAAUAAAAUUGUGCUUUUCACAAAUGUCGAUGUCCACCGACCGAUUUGGUCGUUUUUGACAAGUGUUUUGGGAAAAGCUAAGGUGAAUUUUUUGAAAAAAGUUUUUAAUUCAAAAUGAUCCAAAAAUGAGUUUCAGGUUCCAUUCAUUGAGGUGAACACUGCAAACUACGAAGAAAAUCUGUGCGAAUUCGAAACAUCGAAAUACGCUCGAGUUCUUUUGUGCUCAUUGUCACGAUGUGCAAAUGGACUCAAUUUAACACACGCAAAUCACAUCAUUUUCCUCGAUCCACCUCAUUCAUCAUCAAUUGUUCAACAAGCAAUUGGUCGAAUUGCAAGAAUUGGACAGAAAAAUGCGAUGAACGUUUAUCAUAUGAUUGUUGAGACAAGUAUUGAUGAGGAGAUACGGAAAAUCGCCAAAAAUGGGCAGUUUUUUUGCGGGGAGGUUUUGGUGGGCGAUUAUGUUAUUCUUCUUUCAGAAACUGAUUUGACUCUCGGACAACUUCGACACAUUUUUGGCAUCUCUCAAAUUUAA